GUUCAGCGAUUUAAGUUGACCAGCAAGUUGUUUGUUUACAAAAACUUCCCGCCUGUUAUUUCACACACAAGGAGAGCCGUGCCCUGUGAAGAUGAGGGCACGAUUCACCCAACGACAUCACAGACCACUGCAGUCUGACCCCAAGAACAAGCACAGGAUCAUACGGCUAACUGGGAGAAGCUCAAAAAAAUCCUUAAAGGAACCUGGAGAGAAAAGAAACUGGGCCAGCUACAUUAUGUGCUGCGCCAAGAAUGACGUGGAACAAAAACAGCGAUCAGCACGUAUCAUGUCCAAUGUAUCGAUGACGUCACUGGAAUUUGAGCUUUGUCGCGAGACAAAAGCUCUCACUGACCUUGGGUUUUCAUUUGAUGGAACUGUUUUAUCCAUGACAUUCGAAGACUUCCCGUUCUUUACGGAGAAAUUUUUUAAAACAAAGUUCGUCCAGCCGGAGCCGAGGCCCCACCCCCAGAUCUCGAGACCCCUCCCCCAGAGUGAAAAGAUCACGACAGGCAAGAUGCUGCACGUUCGAGAUGUCUUCCACUUCGUCUACGUUUUCAGGGAGCUGGACUACGCCGUGGUGUAUGCAGCUUGCCGCCGCAACACGAAGGAGUGGCUGUGGAUCAAAGUUGUGAAGAAAAGCGCCGAGUCUGCUGGCCCUAAGCGAAUCACAAAUGAAGUGAAAUGUUUGACACUACUUAAGGAUCAACCGUUUUUUCUUACCAUGCUAUCGGCCUUUCAGACAAACACUGGCUACUACCUAGUCUCGCCAUACCAGGCCAGCUGUACCAUGGAGGAUCUGAUUCAAAGCAGGGAAUUUUCUACUGAUGACGUCAGGUUCUACGCAGCAGAGCUGUCUCAUGCUAUAGUUUAUCUACAUCGAAUGACGAUCAUCCACAGAGCCAUCAACGCUAGAAACAUCAUGAUCGACAAGGAAGGUCAUCUAUUUAUAGCUGAUCUAGGACUGGUCAUCUUCGAAUGUAACUCCAAAGAGAAAAUCCCUGAUACAACCUCACUGACCUACUUCGCUCCAGAGAUUGUGCUGGGCUCUAUCUAUACAUCAGCUAUCGACUGGUGGUCAUUGGGGGUCUUAGUCUACUACAUGAUGUACAGGGUGCUCCCGUUUGACGGCACCAACCUGAUGCUGGUCAUCAGCUCGAUCCUGGCCAGCGAGCCGGUGUACAAGACACAGAGGGACAACAUUUGGGCUAUCAGCUUCUGUAGGGCUCUGUUAAACAAGAACCCCGCCAAGAGGCUCGGCUACGGCAAAUCUGGCAGCUUGAAAGUUCUCAAUCACCAAUUCUUUAGACCAAUCGAUUGGGCACAUAUCGAUCAGAAGCUCUUGGUACCGCCUAUGGUGCCAGAAGCUCUCACGACGUUGGCCAAAAACCCCGCUGAACUGACCAGUGUGUGUCCUGCAGGCUCGGACACGUCGCUGGCCGACUGGUUGACCAUCUCCACAGACAAGGACAAGAAAUACAUGGUGCACUUUAGCUACCUGCCGCCGCCCGGCCAGUCUAUCCUGUUUGAGCGGAGCAAGCACCUGCUGAACAUGGACUCGCGCUCCGCCGUCCUGUCCGUGGUCAACAUCGCCAACCGGAACUGGUUCAGGAACCGGCACAACAUGGCGUGCUUGCGGCGGCUGAAGGAGGCCCUGGAGACGCCCGUGUUGCCGGUCAACACCUACCUGAGCCGCUCCCAGGUCUUCAGAGAUGAGCUUCAGCAAGAGAUGGGCGAGCUGAGCGACCUGACGCUGGAGCUGCCCAUCGUCCUGUAUGCCCAUCAGCACAACACAAACCAGAUGCCCAUUGGCUUGUCUGGGCACCUGCCGAACGCAAACAUGAACGCAGUGAAGUCACGUGACUCGCAGUCCGAUGGUCAGCCGGAUGGUCAGCCGGAUGCGAGUGAGGGAUACGAGCAGACAGCAGACGAUACCGUGCACGUGGACUGUAACAACAGCCACACGACCUGGGUGGACGACCACGCGAGCCAGGGACACGAGAACACCACCCAGACCAGCAGGGGCGAUAACCCAGAUGCCGAGAGCUCGAAAAGUGACUCCAUCAUCCUGGAAGGCGAGGCGAGUCCCACAUGUUGUACAAACCCGAGUACAGGUGUGACGAGACUAGCCGGGGGUGCAGGAGCUACAGGUGUAGCUCUCAGGACACAUCAAGUCCUAACACGUAGUCUAGCCACCCCUUCUUUUGGGUUGGCCACGCCUCCGUCUGUGUUAACCAAUGAGAACUUCUCUAGGACUGCUGUCAACAGAGGCGUGUGUCCUCCGGGGGUACAUGUUGAGCCACCAUAUUUCUCACAGUCUCCUUUAUGGGGGUCGGGGCGUCCGUCUGUUGGUUCUGGCGACCAUUCCAACGUCAUCACGUACAGCGACCGUCCAUCUGACCAGAGAGCCAGACACGAGAGUAAACGCCCACCAAACCUGGCCCGUGCUGGUGGCCCAUCUCAGGCUGCCAGCCUCGCCCCGGCCGACAGGCGCUGCUCCGCCUGGCCUGGAGCACGGCUCAAUGAGCCACACGAUGGCAGGCGAAGGUUGGCCCUGCUGAAGCCAGCAGCGAGCCGCCCAAGCUUCCAGUACUCGUCGUUUCUCCAUUUCCUCGCCACAAAACUGGAAGAACACGCUGAAAAAGACCAGCUGCAUUUCCUGAGCACCAUCUACAGUACAGACUACGAUAUGCCCCUGCAAUCAAGCGACAGACACGGAUCUCCUGACUUGCACGUAUCCGCGCCAGCCCAGAUGUUCCCCGUCACUAUUUUACCCUCCGGCUACCGUUCCAACGAGGUGUUGAGGUACGACAGUAAAAUCAACCUGAAGACCCAGCCCAAGCCGUCCAUCCUGAGCAAGCUGCUACAGCGAACGUUCAGCGUCUCCUACAAGCGGAGACGGAAAAAGAAGCGAUGGGUCAUCAGGUCCGCCUCGAGACCCGGCCAGCUGGGCAGCUGGCUCAAGCUCAAGCUGGCCACUCUCUGGAACCGGCCCGCCCCCAUCCCCGACAUGUGCUCGCAGGUCAGCUCCUCGUCUGGGCCGAGUAGCGGCUUCUCGCAGGGCUCGCUGGUCGACUCGGUGGAGGAGUUCCAGAGGGCGCUCCUAGCCUCGUCAGAGGACGACGUCCCCACAUGCCCCACACAGCUAACCCACACAUCCAGCCCCACACAGCUGACCCACACAUCCAGCAGGCGAGGCAGAUUUCCAAUCCAGUUACAGGACACAACCUACGACAUCGACGUGUUCACUGACGUCACAUGCCAGCCUCAAUCUACCUUGAUGAGAUGCCUCAGGGACGACGAUCACACUGUGUACACCCACGUCCUCAGUGGCUCAAGUGAUGUCGGACAUGGCUCAAGUGAUGGUAGACAUGGCUCAACUGAUGUUGGACAUGGCUCAACUGAUGUUGGACAUGGCUCAACUGAUGUUGGACAUGGCUCAACUGUUGUCGGACAUGGCUCAACUUUUGCUGGACACGGCUCAACUGUUGUCGGACAUGGCUCAACUGUUGUCGGACAUGGCUCAACUGAUGCGGGACAUGGCUCAACUUUUGCUGGACACGGCUCAACUGUUGUCGGACAUGGCUCAACUGAUGCGGGACAUGGCACAACUUUUGCUGGACACGGCUCAACUGUUGUCGGACAUGGCUCAACUUUUGCUGGACACGGCUCAACUGUUGUCGGACAUGGCUCAACUGAUGUUGGACAUGGCUCAACUGUUGUUGGACAUGGCUCAACUGAUGCGGGACAUGGCUCAACUUUUACUGGACACGGCUCAACUGUUGUCGGACAUGGCUCAACUGAUGUCGGACAUGGCUCAACUGUUGUCGUACAUGGCUCAACUAGUGCUGGACAUGGCUCAACUGAUGUUGGACAUGGCUCAACUUUUGCUGGACAUGGCUCAACUGAUGUUGGACAUGGCUCAACUGAUGCUGGACAUGGCUCAACUGAUGUUGGACAUGGCUCAACUGAUGUCGUACAUGGCUCAACUUUUGCUGGACAUGGCUCAACUGAUGUUGGACAUGGCUCAACUUUUGCUGGACAUGGCUCAACUGAUGUUGGACAUGGCUCAACUGAUGCUGGACAUGGCUCAACUGAUGUUGGACAUGGCUCAACUGAUGUUGGACAUGGCUCAACUAUUGUCGUACAUGGCUCAACUUUUGCUGGACAUUACUCACAAGAUCAAGAUGGCACAGAGCGCCUAAAUAUUGUGUCGCUCAAUGCAGAACAAGAAGACCUAGAAUUGGAACGUGUAACAGGCCUAGAAUAUACCGCUAGAGUCCUAGAACCAGAAAAUUCUACUGAAGGCCUAGAGCCAGAACAUUCUACUGAAGGCCUAGAACCAGAGCAUUCAACUUCAUGCCUAGAACUUGAAAAUGUAUCACCACAAGCAAGGCACCUUGAACAUGAGGCUCAGAAUUUACUGGAACGGUCGGCCAACCUUAGCGUUCGAGUCCCCCGGACUGUUGUCUCGACUCGAGGUUUGGGUGUUGCAUGGCUGGACGCCAUAACGCCGUGUCGUGAAGAAGCUCCCGUACAAAGAUACCAGCGAUCUACACACUCUCGUGUAGACCAUGACUUUUUCAUGGAUCAAGGCCAAGGUGAAGGUCAACACGUGAUAGGUACUCUGACGAUUGACUAUCUGGUGCCUCCCGUGAAUGGUUUUAUUUUUAAAAACAUUGGCGGAGAUUGA